CGUUACCGUUCGGCGCCGAGCAGCCCCGGCCGUGUGCUCGGGCUCCUGACGGCCGCAGCUUCUCAGCCGUUGUUGUCCCGCGGAGCCCGUGGAAGGCGCCGUACCGGGGCGCCUUGGCGUGGCCGUACAGCUGCCGGGCAUUACCGUACUUGAAAAACGCAAAUGAGCUUUUUACUUCAUGAGUUACUGCUGCCCAGAGAGGGGAGGGAGAGCAGGCCACCGGGAGUUACUGCCGAGAACGGAGAGGCGUCGCCUGCACGCCUUUGCUCGCCGCUUCGGGCCGUGAGCCGCUUCAAUCACACAGGCGCCCGGCGCCUGGGCUCUGCUGUUGACCGCGUUAUUAAGUGUCGUAUCUCUGAACUCCGAGCGGUUGUUUUUGUCCUAAACCCAGCUGAAGGACAUCGGAAGUGAGUACGAGCUGGUUCCUAUUUCUUUCCUCCUAAAGGUUUUAAAAAACAUUUAGUUUGCAGGUCUCGCAGAUGUGUCGAUAUCUGAAGAUAUUCCCGUGGAAGGGGAGAUUACUGUUCCCGUCGGAUCUCACUCUCCUGAUGAAGACUACUCCACGCUGGAUGAGCCCGUUAGGGAUACGAUUAUGAGAGAUCUGAAGGCCGUUGGGAAGAAAUUUGUCCAUGUCAUGUACCCGAAAAAGAGCAGUGCGCUCCUCAGGGACUGGGAUCUUUGGGGCCCUUUGGUGCUUUGUGUCUCACUUGCACUGAUGCUUCAGGGUGGAUCGGCAGAUAGUAAAGACGACGGAGGGCCCCAGUUUGCCGAGGUCUUUGUCAUCAUUUGGUUUGGUGCAGUUGUCAUCACACUAAACUCCAAGCUUCUGGGAGGAACUAUAUCCUUUUUUCAGAGCCUGUGCGUUCUGGGUUACUGUGUCCUGCCCCUGACAGUAGCAAUGCUGGUGUGCAGGCUGGUGCUGCUGGCAGGUUCUGGGACCAUCAGCUUCGUUAUACGUCUUAUUGUGGUGGUCGCUAUGUUUGGUUGGUCAACAUUAGCAUCUACAGCUUUCCUGGCAGACAGUCAGCCUCCGAACCGCAAAGCUCUUGUUGUCUACCCCAUCUUCCUCUUCUACUUUGUCAUCAGCUGGAUGAUUCUCACCUUUACACCUCAGUGAUCUCCAGUUGGAAGAGAAUAGACUCUGUCGUACGGACUGAAGUUUUUUCAUGAACCCUGCAGUUAAUCAUUGGCUUUAUCUCCUUCUAAUUUAUAUAUAGAGAGACACUGUAAAAAGGCAGGUCAUGGGAUAAAGCCAGAGAACUGCCAAGAUUGGUCGUUUGUGUGUCCCUCUUUUUGAAAGAUACUGAGGUCCAGCUGCUGAGAGGUUUUUUAUUUAGCCCUGCUCUUUAGGUGCGUUAAAUGAAAAACGCCCACUGUGACAGGGAUUAUUCCACCUGAGGAGUAGAGCAGGAGAUCCUGGAAUUUCAAGACGUUGGGUAGAUGAAAGUGAAGUUAUAGGAUUGCACGACUGGGCAGAAUUCUUGCUUGUGCUUGGAUUCUCACUGAAGACGAAUAUGCCUUAUGAAAUAAUAGAACUUCAUUGCUGUUAUGUGUUGGGUAGGGAAGAAAUGUGUUUGACUCCUGUUCUUUUUCAUUCCCUUAUAGAGUGGUGAAAUGUAUAUAAAGGGCAUCACAGGACUGCGUCAAAAUCAGAUUUCAGCAAAAAAUAAGUUGGGUCCAUUUUGCUGUUAUUGGAGCUGGGUGUCAGGGAGCUGCCCUUGCUCAUGCUCAUGCAUCGUGUAUUUAUGUUCCAUCCCCCAACAUAUGUUGAUAAAGAAUGUUUCAGCCCAAUGCAUUCAGCACCACAGUCACGCUGACCGAUCCGUGUGCCUGAGAGGGAGCGUGUUUGCACUGGGUAGUUACAAACCUUUCCAUGUGCCCAUGGGUUAGAGAGCGUUAAAAGGCCUGGAGAAACAGUCAGGACCGGUUUGAACACGGACUUAGCUGUCACUGCAUACUGAGAAUGGAAAACUGUCUGGAGAGCACCCAGUAAAGCGUGUGUGUGUCUGUGUGUAUAUAGAUAUUUAUGUUAAAAAACCCCAAAAGUUUGUGAAGUUGAGGUUUUGAUACACAAGGUGUUUGGGUGCUAACAUACCGCACCAGGACUUACUGCCCAGAAGUUUUAAAACGGGUUGGAGGAAGGAAACUAAACCCUGAUGGUGGUGGUGGCUGCUGUGAAGUAGGAUGUGAAUUCCCAUCUUAACUGCUUGUCUGUGACUUUUCCUUUGGUUGUUUACAUGGGCUGCGUUGCUACGGAAAUGUGUACGUGUUUGCAUAUUGUUGCUUUGUACUUUAAAUGAGAUGUGAGAAACUUUUCUA